AUGCGGUUGACAUAUAUGUCUCCAAUUGAAAAUCGCAAUGGACAAUUCACAAAUAUGCGAAUGCAUUUAAAACCAAAGAUACCAAUUCCCGUCAAUUAUGCAACGGCAGCAAUUCCAACAUACGCACCAUUUGGGACAGAAUAUACUCCUGAACAAACAAUCAAAAUUGUUGCUGGCCGAUGUGUCGUUUUACCACGAUCAAUGGCAAAUGUGCCCAAGUUCUCCUACGAAACAUUAUUGAAUCCACCUGAUCCAGCUGUCGCUCCAACAAAGCCUAUCCAACACAUACAAGAAAAUGAAAGUUCAAGAUUGCAACAUCACCCUUUAGGAAGGUUCGAAACGACUUACCGGAGAGAGUUCGUCCCUCGCCCACGACAAUCGAGUCAAUUUUCACAGCCAACUCGACAAUUCCAAAAUAAUUUUAGUUCAUAUCCUGUGCUACCGAAAAUUCCCUCGAAUAAAAGCUCAACAGAUGGGUCAGAUCAUUCGAGUAUUGUCGACAAUCAUCCUCCGCCGCUUCCACAGCCACUGCAACAGCAGCAGCAGCAGCAGCAGCAACAACAACAACAAUCACCUCCGAAGACAAGUAAUGGUGACGAAUAUUUACCUGCAGAACCAAUCUUAUUAACGGACUAUGAGGAAGAACGGCUAGCAGAGCAAAUUCAUGCUCAAUUAGGAAAUGAUGGUUUAGUAGACAAAUUAAAACUACUCUACAAAGAACUAGCUGCUUACGAUCCAGGUUUGACUAAUUAUGUCCACUAUUCAACUGUUCGAUCGGUCGCUUAUCAACUCGGAGUUUACAUGUCCGAUGAUACAUUUCGAUUUGCAAUGAGUAAAUUCGUUUCACGUGAUCGUCCACGAGGUUUCGUCAACUAUGAAGAUAUGAUUCGAUAUUUCGGAAGAUGUAUGUCAUCCUUAGCACCUAAUCAGUAUGAGCAUCAUUCCCAACAACAAGAUCGUUACAGUCCCCAGCGACAAAUGAUGUCAAAUGACAAAUUCGAUCCUGAUGAAACUCAGAUUCGUUCCUUAUUAAAACAAGAUCUUAAACAAUUUGAACAUGAUGGUACUAUUGAUUUUAAUGCACUAACUCGAGAAUUGAGUAGUACAGAUCGAAAUCAAAGUGGAAUUCUCAAUCGACAACAAAUAGAAGAAGUGAUCUAUAAAGUUCGCAUACCUUUACAACGUUCAUUGAUCUAUCGAAUACUUGAAAGACAUUGUCGAGCGUAUCCAAAACUAUACAAUUGGAAAGCAUUUGUUCAAUAUUUGCAUGAACGCGUAUUUGAUGCACAACAAAUUCAAGAUCGAUCAAGUCCAGUUUUUUCCCAAUAUACUCGAACACGAAAUCAAUGGCUCGAUGAUCUUCAUAGAGAAUUCAACGAGAGAGAUCGUAUAAAAAUUAUCGAUCGAUUCAUGGCAAACAUUGCUAAUAACGACCGAGUGCGGCUGGAAAGUACCUAUCCGAAUGCUUGGUUUACACGUUUUCUUCGUUUCGCUAAUGCUAUGUAUACACAACGUGCUGAUUCCAACGUGAUGCAGGAUUUUCUGUUACCCCGAGAAGAAGCACGACGAUUAUUCCGAGCUUAUAAUCAAGUAUGGGAUUUACAAAUAGAUGAAAACAAAGUACAACGAGCAUUUGAUAUGUAUUCUCGAAAUGGACAUGUAGUUAUCAACGAAGUUUUAAAAGAACUUGCUAAAUGA